GCUAUCUCACAGCCCUCUAUCUCUCUCUCGCUCUCUUUCUCUCUGUCCUACUGUUCCUCUCCCCCAAUUUCUAUCACGGUGUCCGCUUUGUCUUUCUCACCUCCUCUCCGUCUGUUUUUAACGCGCUCGGCGGACUGAGGCUGCCUCAGAGGUAUCUGACUCCCUCCAGCAUAUCUUUGGGCACAGCUUUAAAGAUGCUCCUUUACAACUUGCUUCAGUCCGCUGCCCUUCGGAUGUCUUAACUGCCUCUUUGCAUCUUUUCGUUUUACUUCAAGGUGAGAACAUAGCGUACGAGGUGGCACUGAGCUUUUACGCAUGGAGGUUGGAAUCAGUCUGUCAGAAUUUACGCAGAAACUGCUACUGAAGAUGCAACUGGGUUUAUGAGACCUUUUAAGGGCUUGAAGAAGGGCUUACAAAGAGAGCAACGAUGCGAGGGACUGAGUUGCUGCUCGGCUACUUUCUGGUGAAAGUUCUGGUGUGUGACGCGGAGGGCGAGCUGGAUCAAACCGCGGAUGACUUCAUGAUAGUAACCGGGUUCAACGAGUCAGCAGAGGGGGAGAGCGCAUCCACGGAGACCCCGCACACGGAGGAGAAGUGUCGUGGCUAUUACGACGUGAUGGGUCAGUGGGACCCGCCGUUCGUGUGCAGGACGGGCAGCUACCUGUACUGCUGCGGCACCUGUGGCUUCAGGUUCUGUUGUGCGUUCAAAAAUUCCCGGCUGGACCAGACCACCUGUAAGAAUUACGACACCCCGCCGUGGAUGACACCCGGCAGACCUCCGCCAAAAGUGGACGUGGCGCUGGAGUCCGCCAAGGAUAAAACCAACCUCAUCGUCUAUGUCAUCUGCGGGGUCGUGGCCAUUAUGGCACUUAUUGGGAUUUUCACCAAGCUCGGUUUGGAAAAGACGCACCGUCCAAACAGAGACAAUAUGUCAAGAGCUCUUGCACAUGUGAUCCGUCAUCCUGCUUCAGAAGAUACAGAUGACAUUGGUCUGAGUCAACAUUAUGAGAACCUACAAACGAGAUUGGCACUUGACAAUUUCCACAGCAAUCAGAUGAACAAUGUGGCCCAGUCUCCAACUUUGGUAGGUCAGCCAUAUCCAGCAGUGGGACAGAUUACCAGCCCAUAUGAACAACAGACCCCACUCAAGGAUCUCAACAAGUACAACACUCUGAAGGCUGUGGCAGAGAAAGCAAAUGACAACUACCAAAGCAACCGCAGGCAAGCGAUUGAGAUGACAGCCAAGGGUAGCCUUCCAAUGGAAAGUGUGGAUAUGGAGCCAGAGCCUCCAAAUCCUUACAGCCCACCCAGACAGCGUUCUAUGAAGCACAGCGAACACAAGUACAAAAGCCACAGGAGCCACAGCUCCCAGUCACUGUCCCACAUCUCCAACAUAGCAGUCAGCCCAGGGGGGCUGAGAUCCUGGCAAAGCAAAGACAUGCUGGGACUCCGACAGAGCUAUGGCCAAAUGAAGCCCGGCAUCACAGAGAAAGAGCUACAUAGCUCCCGCUACAUGCCUCCACAACCUUACUUUGUCACCAACAGUAAGACAGAAGUGACAGUAUGAGUGUCUGCCAUAUUCAGGCUCAAAAUAAACCCGAAUUAAUAAUAAAGAAAAGGGAAAAAAAAAAAAAAAAGAAACGCUGUAACUGCUGCCAAUGAGUGGGGUUGCAAGGAAACAGCAUGGACUGUACUAAAUGCAUCGGUUUUGGAAGCGGGUAGCAAGAUGCCAUCUAUAGCUGAUGUGUACUGUGUGACAGGGCCCUGAAUAUGUCGUUGAGCCUCAUGGGGGCACUGUAAUCAAAAUGUCGUGUUUGAUGCUCAUAUAAUCUCACUACUAAAACUGCAGAAAUUACUUAUCACAUUAUUGGGAUGUGAGACACUAAUUACCAUCACAAGUAUCUACUGAGAUAUUUAAGGAGAUUGUACUGUAUUUUCUAAUAUGUAGUUGAAAGAUAAUCCAAUCAAACUGAACUAGCCCGUGGCUGUUUAUUGAUUAUAUGAGUCACCUGAAGGUUGUGUACUAAAAAAAAAGACUUGGAAACUAAUCCUAAACUAAGAGUGUGCAGGAUUAUGUUUUCCACAUAGCUGCCAUGUUCUAAUUAUGAACCCUCUAAUGCAUUACCUCAGUUUGAAAUGCAAUUCACCACUUGCUAAACUAUCACCUCAUGGAGGAAUUGUACACAUUUAAGGCAAACCUUUGUAACUCUUGAUUUAAAUAGUGUCGCAAACAUUGGAAAACUGGCUUGAAAGGUUUUGUGUUUGUUUGGAGAAUUCCAGGUCUAUCAUAGUGUUCUUAAAAUGUAAAUGACUCGGUCUGUAAAUGUGCUAUUGUUGAUUUAAGUGGCUCAACACACAUUAAAAAGUCUGUUCAAAACUUGUGAUUCUUGUGUCGCUUAAAAAAAGAUGUUUAUUUUUGGUUUAAGAUUGUCAAGCAGUUAAAAAUGUUGGGUUUUAACAAUAAAGACAAAUGCAAAAAAACAAAACAAAAAACAAACAAACACUGAAACCUUUGUAUUCAGUAAUGCAUUACAUGAGGAAUGUAACGGUUUGUUUGAGGAUUUGUUUCAGCAGCUUUGUUUAUCCCUCUAAUUUUGUUUUUAUGGGAUAAUUUAAAAUGUUGGACUUUUACUGCUUAUUUCUUCUGUUUACAUUCUGGUUCUCAAUCAUAACUGAAGUUUUAUCAUUCCUCUGGGAGCUCUGUCAUUUUUAAAAAAAAAAUGCCAGGAGACAUUUUUGUUAAUUAGCAAACCAUGUUUCCAACCAACAGGGUUGUUCCCCCUGGAAAUUAAAUCAGCACAGUAACCCAGUUCAGUCAGACAGUGUGCAACAGCUGUGUGCUCGGUUCUAAAAGUCUUGACAUUAGAGUAAUAACUUAAUAGAAAAAAAAACCU